AUGGAGAUGAUGCUUCUUUCUUUCGUUGGACUUGCUGUUCAGUCGCUUUGGGUUGAACAAGGGACAUGUGUGGUUUGGAUAAAAGGGUCUUACUCUGAAAGAAACCAGACAAAUGGAGUUUUUGUCGCACGGAUGUCCACAUGGACCCUGAAGUCUAGCCGGAUCCAAGAAAAAUUUGAUCCUUGUAGAUGGGAUAAGGGGUUUAUACCAAAAGCUGAUGCCUUCCUUCCUUUUGGUGCUGGAGGCCAUGUGUGUCCAGGAAAUGAUCUCGCUAAACUCGAGAUUUCAAUUUUUCUUCAUCAUUUCCUCCUCAAAUAUCGGUUAAGUCUUGCAAAGUUUGAAUAA